AUGAUUUGCUUUCUCCUAUUAAAUGUGAGCUCUGUAAUGAAGAAUAUGAAAUGGAAAUUGAAGUCUCUUCAAAAUUUAUGCCUACAAAAGCUUGCUAAGAUACUAAGUGCAUUUAGUUAGUGUCUUUUUUUUGGUUAGUGGUUUUUAUGUUAGGAAACAUUGCUGCAAUUAUUGUCCUUUUAUAUUUUCAAGUUAUAUAGUUAUGAAAAUUCUUAGUGGGGAUACAUCUUAAUGGCAGUAGCAAUUCUCAUUCUCUUUGAGGUGGCACUUGUUUUGCUUGUAAAGCAUUAAACACAAGAAAUAUUUUUUGGAUUAUAUAUAAAGAGUUGGUAAAUUUUAAGUAUUGGUCAAGCAGCUGAUUAGAUAUAGGAUGACAAUAAUAAUUAGUAAUUAAAUAAAGAUUUAGACAAAAGCAAUUAAACAGGAGGAUAAGCUUUCAAUAAUAACAUAUCUAGAAAUUAGCAUCAAAUAAGGAUUUUGUAAAGCAGAUCAGUUUUAAGUAACUAAAAUUAAGAUGUUUAUCAAUAAAAUGGUCAUAAAUUACCAAGUAGAUAAAGCUAAAGCAGAAAUACAAACUAAUAAGAGAUUCCAAAAGCUUAAAAUUAUUCAAUAGGAGUAAAUAAUGAAAUGCAUUAUUCAAAUAGCUAUCAGCAAAGCUUACAAAAGAAAAGUAUGACUAUUAGCUAAAUGAAGGCCCAUUUGGGUUUAGAUGAUGAUGAAGAUAAUAAAGAUGAAGACGAAGAAGAGAAAAAAGAAAAUCGAAUAGAAAAAGAAAUUUUUGAUAAAAAAGUAAAUGAAAAUGAUGAAAAAAUAUUAAAUUUUAUAAAAAAUAAUAAAGACCUUUACAAUCACAUAAUUUAGUCAUACGUUAAAAUGGAUAAUUAAUUCAUAUUAAAAAAUAAUGAGGUUUCUAAAGAAAUAAUAGUAGAAGUACCUUUAGAGUCAUAUAAAAACACUUAAAAUAGUCUUAAUAAUGGAGCAAAUCCUAAAUAAAGUGCUGAUUAAUUUAUUAACUUAUAGAAUAUUCAAUAAGAAAAAAUAUUACUUUAUGACAACAGCUAUCAAUAUAGAGAUAUAUCUAAUAAAAUAUCUUAAAAUAAUAAUGUUAAUCUAAGAUCUUAGUCUGCAUUCUAACAAUAAAAACAACUUAAUUAAAAUAUUUUUCUUUCAAAAAGCCAUCAUUUAAUUGAUAUUUUUUAACAAGAAAAAAUUUCGGAUUAAUAACUUGAUAAUAAAAAUAUUAUAGUAGAUAAGAAUUUAUUUAAUUCUGAUAGAUAAUAAAAUGAAAUAAACAGUAAUACUUAAAUCAAAUUAUGA